GCUAUUUAAGAUUAUCUUAACCUUCUGUACCGAAAAAUGAAAAGCUAGCGGAUCCACACAUCUACUUUAUCUAUCAACACGCAUAGAACGUUAAAUGAAAAAAAGAAACAUGUUUUCAAAACUAUUUUUGAUGUAUGGUACACAAUAUGAAUAACAAAUCCUGUUUUUACAAAUUCCGUUCAAUACAACUUCUCUUCAGGUUAAAAGCUCAGUCAUCCAAAUAAUUUAAGCAAUUAAGACAGAUGAUUAAUCAAGCCACGGCUUUACGCUAAAUUCUUCUUCUCUGUUGAAUUUCUAAUGAUGUAACACCUGAGACUAUCUACAGGAAGGUUAGAGCAAUAAAAACGAUGUGCUGAGGGGUGAGAGUCCCAGGCAGAUACUAGGAACAUGGACCAGGCUAAAGCUGCAGUGUGUGUAUUUGUGGCUGUCGUGUCAAGACUCUCUACAGCACAGCUCACUACCAGUUCUACCGGGUGUGAAGAAGGAACAUUCUUGCUGAAUGGAAGAUGUGAGAGCUGUAGCACCAACUGUAAUCGAGGCGUCUGUGACGUCACAGACGGGCGGUGUUCGGACGGGUGUAUACAAGGAUUCUACGGCCAGACGUGUCAGCAUCCCUGUCCAGACAACUGUUUAUAUGACCAGUGUAGCAUUGACAUGGGGUUUUGUAAUCUUGGGUGUACACAUGGUUUCUAUGGCGACAUGUGUGACCUAACCUGUAAUGAACAUUGCAAUGAAAAGAAAUGCAUAAGAGACUCCGGCUACUGCAGCGCCGGUUGUGUUCCAGGAUACUUCGGAGACAAGUGUGACUCGGCGUGCAACAGUCACUGUAUCCAGACGUGUGAACGAACUUCCGGUGUCUGCGACGCAUGCGUGGAUGGUCAUUACGGGGCAAACUGUACGGAUACGUGUAGCACCGGAUGUGGAACUCUCAAGUGUCGACAGGAUAACGGGGAAUGCUGGGACGGCUGUAAGACGGGAUGGACUGGGCCUCAGUGCGCGGCCUGCUCAGACGGUUUCUAUGACAUCAACUGCACCAGUCGCUGCAACAAAAAUUGUCUGAAUGAACUUCAGUGUGAUGCCGUAAAUGGGACAUGUUUGACCGGAUGUAAACCUGGCUUCCGGGGAGAGGAGUGUUCGAUAGAGGUGGUUCUGAAGGAAGAGGGUGGGGAUAUCCCGACCAUCGUGGGGGCCGUGGUGGUGGGCGUUCUGUUCAUCAUCCUCUUGAUCCUCGUCCUGAUCCUCGUUCUCAUCAAAAGAAGAAGGAAACGAAACAAGGACUUUCGUAACCGCGAAUUCGGGAAUGAGAGUAAAAGUCAAAUCUCACGCAUGGACGUUCAGACGGAUAAAGUUCUAAUGUGGAAUGAUAAGGCUGGCGACAGCGGCGUGACACCGGCCGGCGAGGGUGACCAGGUAUAUGAGAACACCGACACACAGAAGGCGGACCCAAAACUGGAGGGAGGUUCUGAUCAGGACUCACUAAAUACAGACGAGGAGGCCCCAGAUCCAGCAGAGGGAGAUAACUCUGGCCAAGUUGAGAGUUCAGUAAACAAUGAAGCCUCCAUAACGACAGAGGUCGGGAAAUCUGACAAGGAAACUUAAAUUGACAACAGUGGGUCAAUCUGACACGGAAAUAGAUUACGGCCACCCAUCACUGAAAGACAGCUUAAGGCGCUUUACAUAUUUUUGUAAAAAAAAAUAAUUUUGAUCAUGCUCAUCACUUCUUGAAUUUUCUGAUUAAAUUGAUUCCUUCUCGUUGUAAUUAAUUCCAUGUUGUCAAAUUAACCAAUAUCCUCAAAACCAGUACCACAUACACAUGUAUGUAUAAAAUUAAACUAGGAGUCGUUUUUGUAUUCUUGACAACUCCUCUGUUUCCAUUCA